AUGUGGAUUAUAAAGCUAGCCCUGUUUUUUAUUGGCCAAACGUUAUUCAUACUCUCUGUCUAUUACACUUGGCUGAUAACGAAAAGACUAGUUGACACAAGACCUACAAAAACCAGUUUUUGUUCGUCUUGUUGUGUCAAUCUUUUUUGGUUAACGCUUAUUUUUAUCUUCAUAUUUUCAAAUGUGAGUUUUCUGUAUUUUAAUCUAUUUUUUGUUGUUAAUGCACCUGUGUUGGCUCUUGUUUCAUUCACUUGUUUGGGUUUCUUUUUUCAAUUCAUUUUCUAUCACCUUGUUGCCAAUACAUUCUGUCAGGCAGUUUUGUAUCUCAUUUAUUUAGCAAAAAAAACCGAACAUGCUAAACAGAUUUCUCUAUAUAUAAGUAAUAUCACAUAUAUUGUUUCAUUUGCUCUGGCAUUAGCAUUGAGCAUAUAUGGUCUCAUUGCCGCAAAUAGGCCACCGGUUUUAGAAACUGUCAGAUUAGAAUUGAAAAACUUUCCAAGAGCAAUGAAUGGAUUCAAAAUUUUACUUAUUUCUGAUAUCCACAUUGGAAUAGUUGUCACAAAAAAUCAUGUUGAAAAAGUUGUGGAAUCAACUAAGCAUAUUGAUUAUGAUUUGUUAGCAGUGGUUGGUGAUUUGACUGACCUUCCAAUUUCUCACUCUAAAGAAGUGGUUGAACCGCUAAAAUUCAUGAAACCGAAGUAUGGGAAAUUUUUUGUCACUGGAAACCAUGACUACUAUACUGGGGAUGUUCUUAAUUGGAUGAGUUACUUGGAACACCAACUGAACUUCACAGUGCUUAAUAAUAUGAAUGUAAAGAUUACCAAGAAUGGUGCAGAAGAAUUUUUUUAUUUGGCUGGAAUUGAUGAUGUAGAAGCUUCCAGAUUCAAUGUGGAGGGACAUGGAAUGGAUGUGAGAAGGGCACUUGAUGGGUGUCUCAAAAAUCAUUCCAUCAUUAUGUUGGCCCAUCAGCCGAAAGCUGCUAAGUGGGCACUAGAUGACUUUGAUGAAAUAGAUCUUGUUUUAUCAGGUCACACGCACGGAGGUCAGUUGUUUCCAAUGUCCAUCAUGAUAUACCUCGGAAAUCCUUUCUUCUCGGGUUUGUACAGGUACAAAGGGGCACAGGUCUACGUAACACAAGGUGCAGUUUAUUGGGGCGUUCCUAUGAGAAUGUUCAGUCAAUCAGAAAUCAAUUUAGUGAAUUUGUACCGUGCUGAGUGA